UGUCAGAAUACAGGGCCGGCAGCUCAGCUGUUCUCUGAUGCAGGACUUAACCUGUUCCUCGGUCCAGCGCUGUGCAGUCUUCCCACGCUGGCAUCUGUCCACAGUCUCUGGUCAUCCCCUGUACUGUCUGCAGUCUCUGGGCAUCCCCUGUACUGUCUGCAGUCUCUUGGUCAUCCCCUGUACUGACUGCAGUCUCUGGUCAUCCCCUAUACUGUCUGCAGUCUCUGGUCAUCUCCUGUACUGUCUGCAGUCUCUGGUCAUCCCCUGUACUGUCUGCAGUCUCUGGUCAUCUCCUGUACUGUCUGCAGUCUCUGGUCAUCUCCUGUACUAUGUACACAGUCUCUAGUCAUCUCCUGUACUGUCUGCAGUCUCUAGUCAUCUCCUGUACUGUCCGCAGUCUCCUGUCAUCUCCUGUACUGUCUGCAGUCUCUUGGUCAUCCCCUGUACUGUCUGCAGUCUCUGGUCAUCCCCUGUACUGUCUGCAGUCUUUGGUCAUCUCCUGUACUGUCUGCAGUCUCUGGUCAUCCCCUGUACUGUCUGCAGUCUCUGGUCAUCUCCUG